GCGCGGGGUGCGCGGCGAUGGGCGCGCGGCUGGCACGCGUGUUCCGCACCUUCAACGUGGAGAGCCGCGCCCGCCGCGAGAUCAGCAAGGAGAAGCCCACGCCCGCACCGCGGCACCCCACGUCCCCUCGCAACCAGCUGGCCGAGCACCCCGAAAUAGAAGCAGAAGUCCGCAGGAAGGACGCCAGGCUGCUGAGCUUGCUGAAGGACGUUUAUGUGGAGUCCAGGGACCCCCCUGCGCGGGUAAAAGAUGAAGGUGGUGAACAUGUUCCAUCUAAACUGGAGGAAAAGAGACUUACAAAACUAGGCCACCUGGGAGAUCUAGAUGUUAAGAAAGUUUCCAAAGGCAGAAUUUCCAUUGUGGAGGCUCUGACGCUUCUGAACAAUCAUAAACUUCAUCCUCAAACAUGGACUGCAGAGAAAAUAGCAGUGGAAUACAGUCUGGAACUGAAGGACGUCCACUCUCUUCUGGAAUUCUUCAUUCCUUUUACUGUGCAGGAAUUUCCUAAAGAAACAAAAAAAGCUAUAAAGGCAACAUAAAAAUAAUUACUACUCAUAUCUCACUCGUGUCUUAAUUUUACUCUACAGUGUAUUCAGUGUUUGAAAGGAGUUGGUGACACCAUCCCACACGGCUGCUUCCUCACACCAGUAAGCUGCAUUCAAGCAAUUCCAUUCCAUAUGGGAUGGCUUCAGUUAAGUGCAGCACACACAGGUGCAGUUUGCAAAACAGAAUGUCACUGUAAGUUGCAUUAGAGCCUGUCACAGGGUACUGAUGUCACAAGUUCAGUUUAAACACACAAGGUCUAGGGAGACCUUGACCUUAGCAGAGAUUUAAGCUGGCCCAGUGCUCUGUGUGUGUAAUUCUAUGUACAGUGUCUGUCAAGGUGUGCAUACAAGGUGCUGCAUUCCUGUGUAUUAGAUGGGAUAGUGUUCAUGCUUUGUAAAGAUGGUCAGCCACAAGGUCAUUCCAGGAAUUCAGUUGUGUCAAAUGUAAAAUAAAACA